AUGGGCACGUUUUUGAUGCUAUUAAAAGUACGGUACAUCGAAGGCACCCCGGUGCUAUCAACUGCAAGUUCCUCCUCCACUGACACGGUCAUUCUGGAAUAUGACGCUGCCAACGAGGUUACGGGACAUUUAGAGGCUCGAACAAUGCCAUCUCUUAGAGUCAUGUGCGAGGCUUCUAGGCGGCCAGAUCAAGCGGCCAUCGGAGCCUGUACAGCAGACGGACAACUUCCAGCAAUGCAUAAUGUUUCUGGCAGCGCCCGUGGUAUCGACAAUGCCAAUGAAGAAGAUGAUAUUCCAUAUCGUCGACGUUCGACUCGCCCGCAGAAACCGACAAAGCGUGCUGCUGAGUCGCGUUUGCAAAGCAGGAAGCGGAAAGACGAUGCAGGUCUUCAACGAGCGUCUGGACGAAGCGCGCAACUCUUUCUCACGUCGCGCGAAGCGCGGCUGUCUAUUGACAUGCUGUACGAGCAGGAUGCGGUGAUCCCGAACGCCGAGGGCUCCGAGAACAGCGUCGAUAUCCAGACUACGCUGCUCAGCGUCACCAUUCAGACCCGCAACCUCGCUACGAACCACUUCGUCGCCCGCACGCGGCCAAGUUGCUGGCGUUCUUGUUGUGGGAUAUUGAUGGGGCAGCUCGACUUGUGCUAUUCCAAUGCAUCGGACAACGCGUCAUCCAUUCGCGAUCAGCUCGUACUCCAGCCGCGCACAAACUUCGGUAGACAUCGUGCUCUUCAUCAUUGUGGAGCUUCUGAUCUACCCCAAGAGCGCCAUACCUUCCGCUUGGCACACAAGGACUGUAGCGGCAAGAUCGACGCGGACGAAGUGGCUGACAUGCUGGAGAACAUCUUCGGUCAGACUAGCGCGGUCACGCAACGCAAGAUCCACAAACACGUCGAGGAAUUCAUACGUGUGGUGGACAAGGAUACCAGCAGGUUGGUGUCGUUCAAAGACUUCGUGGAGGCGCUGAAGAACGACCCACAGCUCGCGAUGGUGGUGUACACGCGACAUAAACCCAUGACCUCGACUCUGGCAGCCAGACGGGAGCAUGUGCUGGCAGCGUUCAAUGAGAACGGGGGCGACUCGGAAGAUGUGAGCGAGAGCGACGAGCCGAAGGUUGUCAACGUGGGCUCUGGCGACAAGAUCCAGCCCAAACUUCCACGCAGGAACCGAAGCCCCUACCAAGCUUCGUCCGUUGAGAAGGGCAAGAUAGUCUGGUCGGCUGCGUCAUCGGCUCCUGCUAUGUGUCGCGAUCACGACGUUCUGAAUGUGGAGGAAUUCACCAGUAGCGACAUCGCGGCGCAGAUGAAGACUGCGGACGUGGAAUGGCUGCUGGAAGAACAUCGCUACGAGAAGAGCCUGGUCCAGGCUGUCGAAGAGCGCCGGUUUGCGACGCUCGAAGACGCCGUGGCCAAUGAACUGCAGGAUCCAGGCUGUGGCGUGGAUGGCCAAGGCCACGUGCAGACUGUGUACGUCCAUGGCCUUGGCACCCUCGACAACGAAGUAGUUGGCAAGUACGAAACAGACGGAUAUGAUGGCGACUUCCAAUAUGCCAGUACAACACAGCGAUAA